UACAUUUUUAAAUUAAAUUGUAAAAAUUACAAAAAGGAAAAAAGAAAAAAAGAAGAAAAAAAAAAAAAACAUUACCAUCUUCUUCUAUUUCUACCUUAAUUUUCUCGUCUCCUCAUCCCUUUCCAAUCACUAUUUUAUAUUAUAAUUUGUUUUGUUUAUGGCAGCUUUGAUUUUGGACCACCAAAAGCCCAACUUGAAGCAUUUCUGUAAAAUCUGCAAAAAGGGAUUUGGUUGUGGCAGAGCCCUUGGAGGUCACAUGAGGGCUCACGGCAUUGUUGCCGACGACUCACCCACUCCUUCCAACAAUAACAACAUUUUUGACGACGACGAUCCCGAUCCCGAUCCCGAUCCCGAUCCCGAUCCUCACUCUCUUCAUCAUUCUUGGGACCAUCAUAACAAUAACAAACCCAUUAACCGCCGCAUGUACGCCCUUCGUACUAACCCCAAUCGCCUCAAGACUUGCCGCGUUUGCCACAAUUGCGGCAAGGACUUCUUCUCUUGGAAAUCCUUCCUCGAACACGGCAAAUGCUCCACCACCUCCGACGAUGACCUCGACGACUCUCUUCUCUCUUCCCCUCCUUGCUCCGACGAUGACGAUGAAGACGAAUGCACCGCCACCCCCCGCAGACCCUCCGGCAGCAACAGCAACAAUAAUUGGUCCAAGCGUAAGAGAUCUUUGAGAGUGAAGGUUGGCUCCCCAGCCUCCAACGAAGAGGAGGACCUUGCGAAUUGUUUAAUGAUGCUGUCGAAUGGGCGGGUGGUGGAGCCUAUGUUGGUGGAGGGCGAGGCAGAGGGAGACGCAGAUGCAGACGCAGAGGAAUCUUGCGCUUCCGCCAGUAAGGAGGAUCACCAUCAUCUUCUUCUUCAGCAGCAACAAGAUCAUAAUCAUCAUAGAAAUUAUAAUUACAAUAACAUUAUUAGGAAACCAAUAAACUUCAUUCCUCCACUGUCCUACAGACUUCCAGAUACAGAGGAAGACAACAAUAACAACAAGGCGAAAGGAACCGUGGGAGGCGGCGGGAAGGGAAUGUUCGAAUGCAAAGCGUGCAAGAAAGUAUUCAAUUCCCAUCAAGCCUUGGGAGGCCAUCGAGCUAGCCACAAGAAAGUCAAGGGUUGCUUUGCCGCACGCCUCGAUCACAUGGACAUUGACUCUCGUGAAAAUGACGACGUUUAUGAGGACUCUCUUUUCCCCACUAAACCCAACCACAAGUCCUCCUCCUCCUCUGCUUUCCAUUACGAAAACCCCUUGGCCUCUGCUUCCAAGAGGAAGACCAAAGUCCAUGAAUGCUCCAUUUGCCACCGAAUUUUCUCUUCCGGACAGGCAUUGGGUGGUCACAAGCGUUGCCAUUGGAUCACCUCCAAUGCUGCCGCCGCCGCCGCAGCAGCAGCAGCUGCCGAGGCCCCCAAGUUCCACGAUAAAAGAGUAGUGGCUCCUCCUCCGUCUAAUUUCGAUACAAUUACAGCUAAUUCAGCACUGGUACUCCCAUUGGACCUGAAGUUGGAUCUGAACCUCCCAGCUCCCGCGGACGAGGUACGGAGACCGGCGAUGGAUGUGUCGACGGAGAUUCACUUGCAGUCGUGGGUGUGUAGUAAAAAGGACAAGGUGCAGGAAAAUGAGUGUGAAGAGGAAGAUGAAGAAGAGCAGAAAGAGAAAAAAAUGAUGAGGAAAAACGAAGAAGAAAAGAAAAUUGUGAAUAAUGAGGAUGUGGAGGAAGAAGCGGAGAGUAAAGUGAAAUUAGCAAAACUUAGUGAGCUAAAGGAUAUGAACAUGAGUGCAGGGAAUUCUUCGCCAUGGUUGCAGGUGGGGAUUGCUUCAACAACUCAUGUCGUCACACCAGAUCGAUUGCUUGUCACCUACUCUUCAGUUUACACCCCCCCCCCCCUCUCUCUCUCUCACGUAGAAAGAAAGGAAAAGAAGGAAGGAGGAGAGGAAGAAGAAGAAGAUUCAUACUCUGUUUUUCCCAUUUUGUGGGUUUCCCUUCUCCCCCACCUCUGUUUUCUCUCCAAAAAAAAAAAAAAAAAAAAAAACAAUAAUUUAUUGGUUUCAGCAAUGGACAGCCACAAGUGUAAGCUCUGCUUCAGAAGCUUCUCCAAUGGCAGAGCUUUAGGAGGUCAUAUGAGGUCCCAUAUGAUGAACCUUCCUCUUCCACCCAAAGGAGAAGAAGAUGCAGCUCCCCCGCAUCUCCAUCUCUGUGAAGACGGUGACUCUGCUUCUUUUCUUUCCUCUCCCUCAUCCUCGGAAGGCGAUGAAGAGGAAAAGGGUGUUUCUUAUGGGCUUAGGGAGAACCCAAAACGAAGCAUUCGAGUGGUAGAUCCUGAAUUCUCAUUCGCCGUCGACGCAGCUUCCGUGGUUCUUCAGGACAGGGAAAGCGAAACAGAGUCCUCAAAGAACCCAACCCGAAGAAGAUCCAAGAGGACUCGUAAACCCGAUCGCCGCCACCACCACCACCUCCAUCGUCAUUAUAAUGUUUUUAAACGCCUUCAGGAGAAGAAGAUGAACCAGCCGGAAUCGUGGACGGAGGCGGAGCCAGUUAGUUCGAUCUCCGGUAGCACAACGGAAGAAGAUGUUGCGUUUUGGCUGAUGAUGCUUUCUCGGGAUAAAUGGACGAAACAGAAAGGUGGGUAUGAGGAAGAAGAGGAUGAGGAUGAAGAAGAUGAAGAUGAAGAUGAAGAUGAAGAUGAAGAGGAAGAGGAAGAAGAAGAGGAAUUAGAAGAGUCGAUGGAAGAGACCGAUGAUUCCGAGGCGGUGAAAUUCCCAAAGAAUCGAAACAGAGGGAAUUACAAAUGCGAAACAUGCAACAAAGUGUUUCGAUCGUAUCAAGCACUUGGUGGGCAUAGAGCUAGCCAUAAGAAAAUUAAAGUGUCCCUAACUUACAACAAUCCCCAAUUGGGGAGCCACCAUGAAAAUGCAGCUACACCAAGCAGUGGUUCCAUAGCGGAAAGGAAAAUUCACGAGUGUCCUGUUUGUUUCAGAGUAUUUUCUUCAGGGCAAGCACUUGGUGGACAUAAGAGAUCUCAUGUCACCGGUUACUCAAAUCCGCCAAAAACUGCACAGAAAAAGUUCCCGGAUAGUUUGAUAGAUCUUAACCUCCCGGCUCCUUUUGAGGAAGACGAUGUUAGCCAAAUCGAACUCUCGGCAGUUUCUGAUGCGGAUUUCGUCAACGCCAUUAGGCAAUAAAAAACAUACAAAUUUCGAGGUAACAAAAAAAGUAAAAGGAAAAUUUUGACCUGAGUAUUCAUAUUCAUAUUGAUCAAUACAUCAAAUCUCAUUCCAAACGAAA